UUUUUAUUAAUUAAUGCGGGCGGGCGCUCAAUUAUAAAUUCGGCUGAAUUUCAAUAAAACCUAUUGCCAGCGCCGCUGCUUUUCGAUUCGCUUAGUGUGGAUUGGAAGAUCCCAGUCGGAUUAAAUUGGUCAAUCGAGCAAGACCUAUUCAGAUGCCGGAUUGGAAGAGACCUUUGGGUUGCAUCGCACUCUGUGUGCUGCUGUGCGGACUCCGGGUGAGCGGGCAGUGGGAGUUUCCCGUCCGGUAUCCGGAACCGAAUCCAGUGCCGGAGCCAAGCAGGUGGGGCUUCAACGACUAUAAUAGCUACGGUUACAACGGUCAGUGGGCGCCGGACUACUUUAAUAACUACGGCUAUUAUAGACCGCCACCUCCACCACGUCCGCCGCCAUGUGGAAGACCACCGCCUGGACCGCCGCGCCCGGGGCCGCCUCCUCAUGGUCCUCCACACGGUUGCCACGGAGGUCCAGGAGGUCCAGGAGGUCCAGGAGGUCCAGGAGGUCCUCCUCCACCUCCGCCGCCACAUCGCCAUUGGGCUAAUGCCCCCAGGCAUUGGCAUCCACGUAGUCCGCCACCAAAUCAUCAUCGCAACUUCCACAACAUCUUCCUAAGCAUCGAAAGCAAAGUGGAUGAGGAGAACUACAACAAAACCGCGGAGAUGGAGGAUUUGCACGACGACUUCAAUGGACGAUCCAUUGUGGCACCUGGACAGUACCCGCACAUGGCCGCUCUGGGAUUCCGGAACGAGAACCACGAGAUCGACUACAAAUGUGGGGGAAGCCUCAUCAGCGAAAACUUCGUGCUCACUGCUGCCCAUUGCUUAACUACUCAUGGAACCUCUCCCGACGUCGUGAAAAUCGGAGACAUUAAACUCAAGGAGUGGGAGGACAACGUGGCACCCCAAAUACGACGUGUUUCCCAGAUUUAUCUGCAUCCACUUUACAAUGAGAGUCUCAACUACCAUGACAUCGGGCUCAUCCAGCUGAAUCGGCCGGUGGAAUACACCUGGUUUGUGAAGCCCGUUCGCCUGUGGCCCAAAAACGACAUCCCCUACGGCAAGCUGCACACCAUGGGCUAUGGAUCAACGGGAUUCGCCCAGCCGCAGACGAACAUCCUCACGGAACUGGAUCUUUCGGUGGUGCCCAUCGAGCAGUGCAACUCCAGUUUGCCCGCCGAUGAAGGUGCUCCCCAGGGUUUGCUCACAAGUCAGAUUUGUGCCCAUGACUAUGAGAGAAAUCGCGAUACUUGCCAGGGCGAUUCUGGAGGACCGCUUCAACUGAACCUGGAGCGGCGGCGUCGAAGGCACAGAAGUCGAAAACAUUACCGCUACUACCUUGUGGGCAUCACUUCCUAUGGAGCCUAUUGUCGCAGUGAACUCCCAGGUGUUUAUACGCGCGUUUCAUCCUAUAUCGAUUGGAUAGCAUCUAUAGUGUGGCCUAAUUAUUAUAGCGAAUUUACUAAUCAAUAGAAAACUGUCUGUAAAAUGUUACAAUUGAAAGUUAAAACAAGAUACAAUUCUAUAGUCGAGUUCCC